AUGUCUGGCCCAGCAGCCCCAAGCAAGCAAAUGAUUUUGCACCUAUACCACUCAACUCUUCGGGCAUCAGGCUCCUUCAGUUCCUACAACUUCAGGAAUUACUUUCUCCGACGGACGCAAGACACUUUCCGGAGUAUACAAGCUGAAAGCGACCCUUCCAAGGUCGCAACAAUGUACUCUGACGCCAUGAAAGACCUCGUGGUUCUACGGCGGAGCGCCAUCGUGAACCAACUGUACGGAGGGUGGAAGCUGGCAGUGGAAGAACCUGCGCCAAAGAAUGAGGAAACUUUGACGAGAAGCGAUAGUUAG